CCCCUACCCUAAUUUUCUUUUUCUUUUUUUAAGCAACCACACAACAUCCUCCAGAGACGGUUGAUGGAGACAAACAUGUCCAGGUUGCGCCACAACCGGGGCAGCUGCUCUCAGAAGAACGAACUCUCACUCCAGACAAAUAAACUGAAUCAAAUGAAACUGGAUGGCCCAAAGAAAACAGAGCAAGAAGACCUCAUCCUGGUGUGUUGCCAGGUAUGCUUCAUGGGCCUACAUUUGAUAUUUCAGCCAGUCUUCCACUACAGUGAGAAGGCUGCACCCAAUUCCCUAUGUGGCUGAACCCAAAUACAGCCAAAGCUUUAUGCGGCGGCAAUAUCUAUGAUCACAGCAGCAUUUUUAAGAAUCCAUUGUGACCAUGGGGGAUCAUUCUUAGUAGCUGCAUCUGUCUCCACAGUGUGUGGUGGGGUUACAUUUCAUGUUUGCUGGAUGAAUACAUGCCUGGAGCCAUCAUGUGGAGGGAAAAAUGCACAGUGUGAACCAAGCCAUACAUAAGAUAGGCAGAUAAAAUUGAUGAGAUUAUGAAAAGCACAUCCUGGCUGAUGGAAUACUGAACUUGAAUGAGUGUUCACGUGUAAAGCUGGAGAAUGAAUUUCUUCAAGAGUAGAAUUAGUAACUGAGAAAUCAGCCCUCCACUGGUGAUACAAAAAAGGGUUCCACAGAUAGAUCACAAUUGGGGGGGGGGGGGAAUGGUGUUUGUUUCCAGAAUGCUACACUACAGCACAAAUAAAAAUCGAAGCUGUCAGCUGAUUCUUUCAAAUACUCUGUUUUGCCCCAACAGUGCGCUGGGAAGGAACUGCAAGUUGUGGUUGAUACUGGAUGUCAGAGCAAUAUCAUAUCAUCUGCAUGUCUCGAGCGACUAGGGUAAGGAGUUCGUUUUCUAGACUGUUAGUUAAAAGCAUGUGACAGUGUUCACCUGACCUCACUGCUGCACACCAAGAUGGACAGGGGAAGGGAGCAGGUUAGUGCAUUGCAAAUCUACCAGUGGGAGUGCCAGAUCUGCUUCACUAAUGCAUUUGCACUGUGCUGACUUGGCGAGCACGCUUCUUUACCUUUAAGAGCUGGAUGGCAGACACAAAUUCCACUGGGGAUGCUUUUUCCCACACCAGGAAACUGAGUACUUGUUGAAUUUCUAUCUGUUGCAUAACUUUUAAAGGUAAAGGACUGCCAGACAAAAAGUUGACAAUUUUGUUCUAGAGCAGGCAUAGGCAAACUCCAGCUCCCCAGAUGUUUGGGACUACGAUUCCCAGCAACCCUGACCACUGGUCCAGUUAGCUAAGGAUGAUGGGAAUUGUAGUCCCAAACAUCUGGAGGGCCAGAGUUUGCCUAUGCCUGUUCUAGAGUGAGUUCUCAUUCAACAGGGAAAGUUUGUAGCUUAGUGGUGGUGAUGUUUUACAUGCAAAGCAGCCCUUGAGUCUUAAGAAGAGCAGGAAAGACUCCUGACUGAAACCCUAAGAACAUUAGAAAAACCUCGGUCUAUGGUGUUAUCCAACAAUCAAGUCCAGGAUUAAUUUCCCACAAUGGCCAACCAUACGCCUAUGAGAGGAUCACCAACAUGAUGUAAGUGCAAUAGCACUCUGGGCACCUAUUGCCAGCUAGUGCAGACCAGGGAUGCAGAACUUGUGCCACCCCAGAUGCUGAUGGGAAUUGCAUUCCAACAGUGUCAGGGUGGUGGUGGCACAGGUUCCCCACUUCUGAACUAGGUGGUAACAAUACUGAACUAGAUAGAUCAAGGAACUAGAUGGGCUUGGGAUAAGGCAGUUUCCUAGGGUGUUGCAACGUGAAAGUAGGUUUGCCAACUUUUCAAACUGGUUACUGUAACUGUGUUUUUAACAGCAGUGAUAUGAAAAUAUUAGCAAGCCAGGAAAAUCAUCUCUAUACUUUGACCUUAAGUCUACCUUCUGCCCGCUUCUGCUUUGAGAAUAACUUUGUGUCUGUGGCUAUGGUGCUUUGGAGCCCUCUCUACAACUGUGUCCAAAAGAGGGAAAAUGUUGUCUGAUGUUUGUAGUUGGAAUUCCUUUUUGGAGUGUAUCUCAUGUUAAGUUUCUCAUAAACAUCUUGUUACAGGAAUACUGAACAAACAAUGGGGGCAGUCAGAUGCAAAUGAGAUUAAAAGCUGUAUCUGCAGAAAUUCCCUCUUCUAUACAACUAUUAAAAGUGCAGGAGUUCUGCCCUCUAUAUAACCACUCUAAAGCCAACUGCUAGGAGGCUGAGUUGCCUGCUUUUGAUCUGGCCCCUGCUAAGGUGCCUUUAAGGGCAGUUUGAUCUGCAGCAAAUUAGCAGAUGAUGAUGUGUGUUUCCAUCUUGUGAAAAACUUGCUAAUUCCUGCUUUUCAAGAUGCUAUGAAAGAGACAAGAGCAGGUCAGGCCCAUUUCUUUUUCUCCGCCAGCUGGCAAUCCACUCAGAUGCAUUGUUUGGUAUGUCAGCAGCUAAAAUCCAUGUUGCUAAUUGCAAAGGUGAUGAUAGAUGUCUUUGCUAAUUAUUUAUAGCUGUUAGCUUGUAUUCCUCCUUUUUAGAUACGAUAUUGUCUAUUUUUUCUGACUGUUACGGCCUUUGGCUGCAUAACAUGAUGUUGAGUGAAUUGAUAAAAGGUUUAUUCUGUUUUACUGUUAAUCUUAACAUCCUUCGAAUUCACGUUCUCUUCCAGUGCACCAGUCAGAUGUGGGAACACCCUAGCCAUUUAAGAAAGACUUCCAAGGCUCCUCCUCUCUUGAAUGUCUUAUCAUUUGGUGAAUUUUUUCCUUUAAAAAAAAAAAAAGAGCAAAGUAGUGUGUUGCAGUGUGGAGUACUCUUGUUCAGGGUUUGGGGCAGCCAUCUCCUUGCCCAAGAUACUCAGUUUCGAUCCACCUCCCUUGUUCUGCUUCCCAUCAAAACAAACAACAUCCUAUGGGCCCUGAGCACUGGGCCCUCCCUUAGGCUCUUCUCUUGUUUCUUUUUCUGUAUUUUUGCAAAUGUUGGGAGUUAUUUCAAGCUUGCUGGUGCCUCUCUUGUGUGUGGAUGGUGCUACUUUGGCUAAAUAAAGAUCUGUAUGCAGAUUAUUAGUUUGUUCUCUGAAGGUCAUGCACUCUUCCUCCUAAAGUAAAGUGACCCCUGACCAUUAGGUCCAGUCGUGGCCGACUCUAUUCAACCCUUGCGCUUAAGCUGAGCCAUUUUCAGUAUCAGUGCCCUAUCUUGAAACAUGUGAAAUACAAAUGAAAAAAGUGCUUCUGAGCACAUAAGGAGUGUGUAAGCCUUGCCACAACCCAGCACAUGAAUGUGGGCCUUUGUCAGAAGAGUUUUUAUAUUCAGUUGUUGUGACACAGUGGGGAGAGUUGCACUCCAGUCUGCUCUAAUUUUUGAAAUUAUCUUAAAACCUUGUGUGCUCAGACUGUGCAAUCUUAACCUGUGCCAGGGAAAUUGGAGCCUAUAUUUCUUGGGGAGGAGGGAAGGAAGGAGAGGGAACAUUGAAUGUAGUACUCGCCAUAUGGUGAUCUGUUCUUUAGCCAUGUAUCUCAGCCAGAAGUACUGUCUACCAACCAGGGCAGAACAGAGCAUGCUUCCAUGCCAACACACUGAUAAAUGUUUAAACUUUAGCUAACCAAAUGAGAUCUUGCUUGACAAGGCAAUAAAAAUUAACAUGGGUUCAUACACUGACUUGUUUAACUAAAAGGCAGGCACGAGUGCACUGUGAUCAGUGCCCAUGUCAUAGAAGCAUUCUUAUCUCCUAUAAGCAGAUCUUAAUAAUCUGAAGUAUAGAAGAUCGGGCCCAAACUAGUUAGUCUCUAAGACUAAGGCAGUCUCUGCCUGCCAAGUAAAAGGAUUGCUGUUCUGAAUUCUUUGCAUGGAGGGUGGGAUACAAUUUAAUUAUCAAGCACAAAAUACACAUUAAGUAAUUGCAAUGUACUUUGCAGAAAAGGGCUAUGGAAAUUAUUAACAUGUUAAUCAGAAUAUUUAACGAUGGCAAAUUAUAUAAAGGACUGGGCGUCUUAGCUAUCGGAACUGGUCAUACACUGUACUAUAUUUAACUUGUUGGAAGAUCAAAGGAAGAAAAAGUUGAUGAAAUGGAUAGAGCAUUUUUCUCGUCUUUUGCUCUGAUCAAUCUAGCUCAUUUAAUAGAUAGGAGAAUGGGUUCUUCAAAGUAACCGUAUCAAAGUGCCUUUAGCAUUGACUCAUCUCUGCAUAGGUCAUAAAUCAGUCACUGAUGACUCAUAUUGCAAAGCAGUGCAGUAGAAAAAUACCACAAAGGAGGCACAAAUGAAAGUAGGUUCUCAUGGAAAAUGAAAGGAAUUAUAGCUAUUGGACAGACUGUUUUUAAAAAAACAAAAAACAGUCAGUCCAGUACAGGCACACUGUUAGGACAAAGCUAAGGGUGAGGAGGAAAGAAUAGCAAGCAUUAUGGAAUUGUGAGUUCCCUCAGAAGUACUUGGUUUGACCCUAUGGAAUGUCACAAAUCCACCGAGACACUGUCUCCUGUGUAGGCCCCACUGAAAGAAAAUGAAAAGGAAGGAUUCUGUAAGAGCCCAGCCAAUAGUAUGUUGUGAUAUCAGAAGCAUUUUUUUUUAAAAAAACCCUUUUAAAAAUAAAUAACUAAAUGUUUAUAUAAUCAACAUUUUAAAUGUAACAUCUAAUUUUAAAAGAUCCCCGAGAUGUAUACAUUUCCCCAGCUCUCUCUGUCUCAUCUAAUCGCCUACCUAAUUCCAUCAUGCUCAGCUUUUCUUUUCCCUAUAGAAACUCUGCUCUGGUCAUCCUAGGAAGGUCCAAACAUGGUGGUUGCCCAUAACCCUGUUUGGAUGCUGUUAGAGCAUGGCUGAAAGCAUGGGAUGCAGCCCUGGAAGAGAUUCAUUAUUCAAGGACACCUCUAGAGAUGCUGCAGGAAAGUGGGUGUCCAGAACGCACCAUCCCGACCUUGUCAAUUAUGUAAUGGGGCAAGAAAUUAGCACAGGCUAAACUCCCCAGUGGGUUUGAUCUGCAGGGAUUAGAUAUCCUAUCCGAGCUCAUCCAAUUGCUGAAAUAAGCACAGUGAUGAAAAUGCCCUAAGAGAAAACAAGUCUAAGAAACAGAGGGAAGAAUUCUCAUUUUUAGCUGGAUGGUAGUUCUGGUAGAUCAGAAAAAUCGCUAGACUCUUCUUGAGCACUCCCCAGACGUGGUCUUGGUUUAGCGUAAAGAGGGGGCAUGUAAGAAAUGAAAAGAAUCCAAAUAAUCCUCAAAUGUUACUUGACAGAGCAGUAGAACAUUGUGUAUUAGCAAAAGACAAAAGGCUUGCCAGGUUUUAAUGUCUUACUAAUUUGUUCCUUUUUCCCACGAGUCAGGCUAGCACAAUCUGCCACAGAGCAAAAACAUCCGUGCUUUCUUCUUUCUCUGAAAGUGCCCGUUGUCACCCUUGUUGUUCAUAUGAAUUUUAGACAUAUUGGCACAAAGAAUAAGAUGUAACCAAGAAAUUAAAAGUAUAAGAGUGGGACCGAGACAAUAUAAAUUAAAAGCAUUUGCAGACAAUGUAGUGAUAUCUGUAGAAGAACCAACAGAGUCAAUCCCGAAAGAAUUACAAGAGUUAAAAAAAGGGGGGAUGUAGCAGGAUUUAAGAUUAAUAAAGACAAAUCAAACUCUUGGUAAAAAAUAUGAAUGAUGAGAACAAAAAUUACAAGAUGUGUCAGGACUAAAGAUUGAAAGAAAGGUAAAGUAUCUAGGUGUAUAGUUAACAGCAAAUAAUAUAAAGCUGUAUAAAAAUAAUUAUUUAUCUGUAUCAGAUACUAAUUACAGAAUAGGAAUAACUAUGCUCAGUUCCAGGAUACAACACAACACAAGUACUGGCAUCCUAAAAUGAACAAACUCCUGACGUAAACCCAGUGACUUUUUCCUUGUGCAGAUUAAAGGAGCACAUGAAACCCUUUAAGCCCGAAGGCGAGAAGAUUUCAUUGCCACACAGUAUGAAAGUGAUUGGCCACAUAGAACACCUGGUUCUUACCAUGGGGACUAUUCAUGUGGACUGUUCAGCAAUUGUGGCAGGUGAGUGUUCAGGCAGGUUAGAUGCCAUACAAGUAUAGUACUUGUCAAACCUAUUUUUGUACAUUAUGGUGCAAUUUGUAAGUUUAUUUGGUAAACAGGUUUGAGAGGCUUUUGACUUGUUUCUAAAAUCUGUUGGAUUGAGAUUACAAAAAUAUGUUGUGGUUGUACCCUGAGAAGCCAAACCUCUCUCAAUUCACUGUCAGUUUCCUUUUUUUUUUUUUAAUCUAUUUGGUUGGAUCCAGACUGAAUUAGUCGAGCUUAGGGGAGUUAGUGUGGCAUUCUUGUUAGAGUAUCUUUCACCAUGACUACUGGCUCUGCAGGUUAGGGCAGAUGGAAGCUGCAGUCUAGAAGCAUCUGGAGGACAUCAGGUUAGGGAAGGUGGGCUAAAACAGUCUUAGCCAACCUGGUGCCCUCCAGCUGUUUUGGACUACAACUCCCAUUAGAGCUGUUAAGCAUGUUGGACUAGGACUGGGAAGACAGGUUCAAAUACCCACUCAGCCAUGAGGUUAACUGGAUGGCCUAGGGUCAAUCACUGCCUUGCAACGUAACAGGGUUCUUGUGAGGAUAAAAUGGGAUAAAGAACCAUGUUUGCUUUCCUGAGAUCCUCAGAGGAAGGGUAGGAUAUAAACUCUUUGUAAAAGGAAAACGCAAAAGCCUUACUUGCCACUGAUUUCAAUGAAAACUAACCAACAUUAAUUCCAAUCCUCUAAGUUCAACUAACUCACUCUGGACCCAACCCUAUUGGAUUAAAGUGACUCACAGUGGAAGGACCCAUCCUCAGUAAUGGAACACAUGCUUGGAAUGUACGAGAACACAGCUUAAAUCCCUACUUCCUCAAGUUUAAAAGGAUCCUUGGAAGUCUAAUUGAGAAAACUCUAUUUGGCCUCACUGUUGCCUCUGGUCAAAAACAGUUUGUAGGUUUCUGAAACAAUAUGAAGUCCUGCAAAACCCAUUUACCAGAGAUGAAAGUGGGAUAAGUACAUACACCAGAAGUUGAAAUUCCUUUUUCCAAUUGCCUUUUAAAACUAUCUUUCAGCUGCCUCCAGACAGCUACUUUAUAAGUUCAAUUUCACACAUUUCUAUGUGAACUUAAGCUUGUGCUUUGGACAGGAAUGCUUUGGGGACUGACCAAGAAGGGGAUUAUAGUUAGUACAUUGUUUUUCCUAGCUUAAUUUGGGCAUGCAGAAUCAUGUUCUCUUAGAACAAGUGAAAGUAUUAAAGUUAUUAAGCACCUCUCAAUAUGCUUUUCCCGCACCAUCAAAUAAAGACAAUCAGACUACAAAGUUCUGGGAUUAAGCAGCAGGGUUACAAACUCAGAGUAUAAUUUAUAUAACUGUAUUAGAAAUAUCUAUAUAUUUAUUUGGAUAAUAAGUAUAUAUGAGUAUAUAUGAAUUGAAAUUUUUAACUGUUAAGUGUCAUAGUGAUAUACUAAACCCUAAAAUAAAUAAUAAUAAUGAUAGAGUAUUAUUUCCAGGCAGUACUGGCACCUCUCAUGUAUAAAUGACAGCCUUUACAAUUCUAAAUUUGGCUCAACAGAAACUACCCUGAGACAACUAAGAAUUCUUUGCCAUCAGCAAUGAUUUCUUAUCACUGUUCUACAGAGGAAUCAAUUCAGUGACUUAGAUAUAAGGAACAGGUCACAGAAAGAAUGGGUUACUUGCAUGAAAAGAAAAUUCAGAAAAGAAAAGGAAUUAAUACAUCCUUCAGCACUAUUGAUUAAUACUUGGCUUCACAGAACAAGCAAAGGAUUAGAUUUACAUAGUGACUGAACUAUUAAGAAGGGUAAAGUUGAGGGAAGAGCAGGUUCUUCUCCAGCUGCUUUAGACAAAUUGAGUUGGCAGGGACCCCUCCACCGCACUAAGGGACCUAACACAUCUCAUGGAAAUAUGAGCUCGUGUAUGUGUUAGAUUGAUUCAUCAUAGCAUUUUAUCUCUAUCUGAACAUGUUUCUCUCCCUUUCCAGAAGAUAAUGAUAAAAACUUCUCCCUGGGGUUACAGACACUGAAAUCUUUGAAGGUAAAACUCUGUUCCCCUCCCAACUUUUGGUAUCCCCUAUUUUCUUUUACUGAGGUGAUCUUAACCUGUUGUCUAAUUUGUUUUCUUAUAUUCCCUCUAAUUUUAGUGUGUGAUAAACCUUGAAAAGUAUCAUUUGAUCUUGGGGAAGACAGACAGGGUAGAAAUUCCUUUUGUCAUUAAUGCCUCUGCACACGAAGAUAAGUGAGUAUUGAACUCUAAAGCUGCACAGAUAUAUUUAGAGUGACAAUAUCCAAUCAGUGGCAUAGUGAAUAUCAAUAUUCACCAAUAUCAAAUCAGUGGCAUAGUGAAUGUGUGGAGGAAAUGGAUCCUGACUAGGGAUGGCAUAUAAUUUGAGGGUUUCAUGAUAGUUUACCAUGUGCUAUCCAAAGUAUGUUUAGUGCAGCACGAAAAAGCUGCUGUAAGUAGAGAACUGAACGGUGAAACUGUCACAUUAUUGAACUCGCCCCUAGAUGUGAGUGAAGAAGAUAUGAAUAUUUUUAAGGUGUUUUUUUUAACACCAAUCAGACUGAAUAUGGUUUAAAACAUUGGUUCUGAUUACCAAAGCCUAUCAUACAGGCAAUGCGUAUAUUUUCUGCUUCAUUUGGCGGGUUUGCACUGGGAUAUCCUGCUUUCAGUAAGUGCUUAGGACACACUCCUGCAUUUUAGUCAGGGAAUAGCAUGGAAGUUUCCAAGAAAGGGAGUAAGAAAGAGAAAAUGAGACAAUGGUAUACCAUUCAGCAUUUUUAAUGUUGAUGGGGACUAUAUUGCUCCUGGGCAUGUGUGUUAACUGUACCAUGGGAGGUUUAUUUCUGGAAUAUUUUCCCCCCAAAGAGGUAUAGUAUUACAAAGGUGAUGAAAUAGGCACUUUUCAAGAAUAUAAUAAAUUAGGCUUUCAGUUGCCCCAAGUACAUUUGUGCCCCCUUUCCACAAUUUAAGUGCUGAUUAGGAGUUUGAUAAAUAAUAUAUAUAGGAUCUAUGAAAUCAGAGGUUUUAGGUAAGGAAAUAUAUUUUACACACAGUUAUGAGGUGCCUUGCUUGCUAAACAGUUAUUUUCUAGGGCACAUCCUCAUGGCAGCCACCUGCGCUCCUGGUUCAGAGCUGUAGGACACAGCUGGAAGCCUGGGAAGUGUCCCUGGAAAAGGCAGGUACCUUUUUCCUCCAGGAUAUCCUGUGCUGGCCAUACAGGUGGUACAGCCCAGGCUGGUCUUGUAGCCAUCCCUGUCAGCAGAGUGGGCAGGCUGGGAAGCAGCAUGGGUUGCAUGCAGCCCCUGGUGCUUAUGGAGUGUGGGGUUGAACGACUGCAUGAGCACAUCCAGCCCCCAAGUUAGCGCCAUGUGCAUAUGUAUUUGCUAUAAUGAGAUCGAGCUUGGCAAAAAACCAAAACAGAGCCAACUCUUUUGUCACACUGGUUUAUGCUUCUCAUUUCAGCACUUCUGAGGCCUGA